CGGCCUUGGCUAAUAGCUAUUACUGCUUUCCAGUUUCCAUCGCCUCGCCGGUAUCAAGCUUUGCAGAAUUUUACGGUUAACCCUAAAUUCUGAUUCAGAUUUUUUACUCUCCAGUUUCAGAGUUAGCUCCAAUUUUUAAAUUUAUUUGCUUCUACAUAUCUAAUCUACCAACGCUAUUGGACACGUAUAAGACCAAUGUCAGCAUCUGAGCUCGGGCUUUCUCUUUCUUGCGUUUGAUCAGUUCUCUGUUCUCUUUUGGCGGUCGUUGUGCAUAAACCGGAAUUGAAAAUGAGUAUAGUGCCCAAGGAAGCAAUCGAGGUGAUUGCACAGAGCAUUGGAAUCAACAAUUUGUCUCCUGAGGUUGCUCUUGCUCUAGCUCCUGAUGUCGAGUACCGAGUCCGCGAGAUCAUGCAGGAGGCUAUUAAGUGCAUGCGCCAUUCAAGGAGAACUACUUUGACCACAGAAGAUGUGGAUAGUGCUCUCAGCUUAAGAAAUGUGGAUCCUGUGUAUGGCUUUGCCUCUGGGGAUCCGCUGCGUUUCAAAAGAGCUGCGGGACAUAAGGAUCUGUACUACAUUGAUGAUGCGGAUGUCGAGUUCAAAGAUGUGAUGGGGGCUCCUUUACCAAAAGCGCCUCUUGAUACGUCAGUUACAGUUCACUGGUUGGCAAUUGAAGGCGUUCAACCUGCAAUUCCGGAGAAUGCUCCUGUUGAAGCAUCAUCUGAUGGUAAAAAGUCUGAAUAUAAAGAAGAUGGUCUUCCUGUUGAUGUUAAAUUACCUGUCAAGCAUGUAUUAUCGAGGGAACUUCAGCUGUACUUUGACAAAAUCACUGAGCUUACCAUGAGAAAGUCUGGUUCUAUACUCUUCAAACAAGCUUUAGUAAGCUUGGCAACAGACCCUGGUCUCCAUCCUUUGCUUCCAUAUUUCACUUACUUGAUUGCUGAUGAGGUCUCACGAAAUUUGAAUAACUUUUCUGUCCUGUUUGGUUUGAUGCGUGUGGCACGAAGCCUUAUUCAAAAUCCAAACAUACAUGUAGAACCUUAUCUACACCAAUUGAUGCCUCCUAUUAUUACCUGCCUAGUUGCUAAAAGGUUGGGAAAUAGAUUUUCUGACAAUCAUUGGGAGCUUAGAAACUUCACAGCAGACCUGGUUGCUUCAAUAUGCAAAAGAUUUGGGCAUGUUUAUCACAAUCUGCAGCCACGUGUCACAAGGACUUUACUCCAUGCAUUCUUAGAUCCAACAAAAUCAUUGACUCAACAUUAUGGUGCAGUACAAGGAUUGGCAGCUUUAGGACCCAGUGUGGUUCGCCUUCUUGUACUGCCAAACCUAGAGCCAUAUUUGCUACUGCUUGAACCAGAUAUGCUUCUUGAGAAGCAAAAAAAUGAGAUGAAGAGGCAUGAAGCUUGGUGUGUUUAUGGGGCCUUGAUGCGUGCUGCUGGUCUAUGCAUGUAUGAUCGGCUCAAAAUGUUACCUGGUAUGCUAAUGUCACCAACACGGUCUGUCUUGAAGAGCAAUAGAAGAGUUAUGACUCAAACACCAAAUAAACGAAAAGCAAGCACAGACAACUUGAUGCAGCAACCACCACUGAAGAAACUAGCAACAGAUGGUGCGAUGGGCGUAAUGCCAAUGAACACCAUGCAAGUUGAGAUGCAAGGGGCAACAGGUGGAUUUCCCAAGGCUGUUGGGGCUUCUAGCAUGGGCGUACCAUUAAUGUCUCGGCAGUUGCCUAAUGAAAACAUGCCAGGAAGGGAUAGCGGUCAGGUGUUAAAAACAUCAACUGUGCUCGCACAGGCUUGGAAGGAGGACAUAGAUGCCGGACGUUUGCUGGCAUCUCUAUAUGAACUUUUUGGUGAGAGUAUGUUUGCCUUCAUUCCUAAACCAGAGUUGUCUUUUUUCCUGUAAUUUAACUGGAACAAUUGUCCUCAUAAUAUCUUUGUAAAUUACCAAUUACAUUUAUUUUGUUUUCCCUCCGGGGUAGGUUAUAGAUUCUAACUUGGGGAUAGCUCAUGUAUUUCCAAAGAAAGUUGCGUGAAUUUCAUUUUGUAGAUAAUCAGUUGUGC